CAACGUGGUCAAAAGCAAGAUAUCUGCGGUCUAAUCGGUUCUCUCAUGUAUUUAGCCGUUUUGAGCCGACCUGACAUUGUACAUGCCGUAAGCAAGCUAUCCCAGCGUAACACUGAUCCGCACAUCGAGCACGAGUCUGCAGCUAAACACUUGUUGCGAUAUUUAGCGGGGACAUCAAACUUGAGUAUUGUCUACAAGAAGUCUGGAGGAUCAGUAAUGGGAUGCUCUGGAUAUGCUUUCUUCCUGGCUGGCGCUGCGUUCUCAUGGUCUGCAACGAAGCAGAGCGUCGUUGCUUUGAGCAGCAGAGAAGCGGAAUAUAUUGCCCUGUCAACUGCAGCUAGAGAGGCAAUAUACCUUAGAAGAUUGCUGGGGGAUAUGGGUUGGCCAAACCAAGAACCAAUAACUAUCUUCGGAGACAACAUCAGCUCUCAUCAUAUUGCAAGAAACCCGAUCCAUCAUAAGCGUACCAAACAAAUAGACAUAAUGUUUCAUUAUGUAAGAGAAAAAGUUGAGAGCAACGAAAUCAAUUUAAAACAUGUAUUUACAGAAGAAAAUGUUGCAGAUUUGUUAACAAAAGGUUUAUGUAAACAAAAGCAUUGUAAAUUUGUUAGAGCCCUUGGACUAGUAGAUUCCGAUAGCGCAGAUCAUGUAUAG